GCCGAGGAAUACGCACACGUCAUUAAGUUGCGACUUGCAGACUUGGCGUUUGUUUCUGUUUGCUAAAGUAGCUGCAUACAAGUCAUAAUAAAUCCAUGAGACAAAUACACACAAUUCUGCUAUUGUAGACACAUGUAGAUAGUGUUCAACGGUGGAGGCUGUGUUGGGAAGUGUGUGUCAUAUGCGUCCAGUAUGAGCGGGGGUUUGGCACCAAGCAAAAGCACCGUGUAUGUGUCAAACCUGCCAUUCUCUCUUACCAACAAUGACCUACACAAGCUGUUCACCAAAUAUGGAAAAGUUGUAAAGGUUACAAUCGUUAAAGAUAAAGACACUCGCCAGAGUAAAGGGGUGGCGUUUGUUCUCUUCCUGGACAGAGAAUCAGCUCACAACUGUGCAAGAGCAGUGAAUAACAAACAGUUGUUUGGCAGAACAGUUAAAGCUAGCAUUGCCGUUGACAAUGGACGAGCAACUGAGUUCAUAAGAAGACGGAACUACACGGACAAGACGAAAUGCUACGAAUGUGGGGAUACAGGUCAUCUGAGCUACGCAUGCCCCAAAAACAUUCUGGGAGAGAGGGAACCUCCAAAGAAGAAAGAAAAGAAAAAGAAGAAAAAGGCUGAACAACCUGAGCAUGUUGAAGAAGAAGAAGAAGAAAGUGAAGAAGAGGGAGAGGACCCAACCUUAGAUAGUCUGAGCCAAGCUAUAGCUUUUCAGCAAGCUCGUAUUGAGGAAGAGAACGAAACACAGAAGAAGCAGGCACGUUUGGCUCAAGAGGACGGAGCCCGUGCUUCAACAUCCUCAGACUCUAAGAAACCAAGGAUCAAAAAGAGUGCGUACUUCAGUGACGAGGAGGAGCUUAGUGACUAAUAAUAAUAAUAAUAAUACACAGUUUGGACAUAAGUUGUUUGUUAAAUAUUGUUUUGUGUUUUUAGGUUGACAAUGAUGAAUUUACAUAUUCCCCUUUUUGUAACUAAGGCAAUU